AUAAAAGCGGCUGCACUCGCCACAGUAGGAGUACAACAACAAGAGGAGGGGGACACAAGCGAGAAGUCACUGCGGAUCAGCAACCAAACAGAAAUUAAGCCAAACCCAGCACAGAGCAGCAGACAUGCAAGCCACAAAGAACGGGAUCUGUUGGAGACUUAUUCUGUUUUUCUGCGUGCUUUUGGGGAGUUCGUCUCAAGACUUCGGAGGACAGACGCAGUUCAUUUGCACGUCCGUACCCAAGGAUAUGGACAUAUGCGCAGCAACCUUGCAGAACAGCGUGCCCGGGGAGGACCUGAAGACCACGGUCAUGCAGCUACGGGAGACGGUUUUGCAGCAGAAAGAGACGAUCAUGAACCAAAAAGAGACUAUCAGAGAACUGACCUCAAAGUUGGCUCGGUGCGAGAGCCAGAGCGGCGCCGAGCCCGGGGACGCACGUCCGGGGGGCAGGAGGAAAGAAGCUGGGACCAAAAACACAAUGGGGGACGUGUCGAGGGGCCCCGCGGACACUUUGUCGCAACUAUCACAGACUUUACAGUCGUUAAAGCAAAGACUAGAAAAUCUGGAGCAAUUCAGCAGAAGUAACAACUCGGUGCAGGCGAACAGCUUGAAAGACCUGCUCCAAAGUAAAAUCGACGACUUGGAGAAGCAGGUGUUGUCCCGGGUGAACAGCAUCGAGGAGGGGAAGCCCGGACUCCGGAAUGAGACGGAGCAGCGUGGGAGAGUGGAGUCCACCCUCACAUCCCUCCAUCAGAGGAUCACCGACUUGGAGAAAGGUCAAAGAGAAAACAGGCCGCUGGAUAAAUUCCAGCUCACAUUCCCACUGAGGACCAACUACAUGUAUGCAAAAGUGAAGAAGAGUUUGCCAGAGAUGUACGCGCUGACCGUGUGCAUGUGGCUCAAGUCCAAUGCGUCCCCGGGAGUGGGCACACCUUUCUCUUACGCAGUACCUGGACAAGCCAACGAGCUGGUCCUCAUAGAGUGGGGGAACAACCCGAUGGAGAUACUCAUAAAUGACAAGGUUGCAAAGCUGCCUUUCCUCAUCAACGAUGGAAAGUGGCAUCAUAUCUGUGUAACCUGGACCACUCGUGAUGGUGUUUGGGAAGCUUUUCAAGAUGGUGUCAAGAGGGGGAGUGGAGAAAAUCUGGCGCCUUAUCAUCCAAUCAAACCACAGGGCCUGCUGAUCCUGGGCCAAGAGCAGGACACACUCGGAGGAGGAUUCGAUGCCACACAAGCUUUCGUUGGAGACCUGGCCAAUUUUCACAUCUGGGAUAGGAAACUGUCUGUAGGAGAGAUUUAUAAUCUGGCGACUUGCAGCAGCAAAGCUCAAGUGGGCAAUGUUUUUGCGUGGAUGGAGACGAGCCUUGAUAUUUACGGAGGUGCCUCCAAGUGGACAUUCGAAGCCUGUCGCCAGCUCAACUGAACUGCAGGGAAGAGAAACUCAAUGCAUUUCGCUAAAAGCCCACCGUCGUCACAGUGGCGGUAAACUAUUUUGAAAGCUCAUGAGGAGAUUGUUUCAAUGAAUAGCAUCUGGGAAUUGUUAUAGAUAUUCAAAAACAUCAUUUGUGGACAAUUUGAUAGAUUUUUUUCUUAUCAGAAUCUCACAUGGGACAGAAAAGGGACACUAUGGCAGCCUGUGGUGUUCAAAUGCACAUCAGGUCCACUUGUGGUUUUCCUUUGAAAAAGCAGGUGAUGCCACUCUGGAGAGCAGAGGUGGCUCUCGGGAGACCAAAAUGACAGGCCAGCGUCUAAAGUACAGUAGGAGGUCAUGUAGUUUUUAGCAAACAGAUGUCACACAAUUCAACAAAAUGACUGACUCCUUCAAAUGUCGUUUCUGUCUUGACUGCCAGGGAUUUUCACUGUGAAAAGAGCAAAAGUGGAUUUCUUUAACAGGAAUGCGUUCUCCAAGAGGUUAUGAAAUAGACAACGAUGUUUCUCUCUCACUCUUCUUUCCCUCCCACCACCUGCUUGACGUGAUUUCGUGUGAAGAAUGACGUAUAUUUAUUGCCAACAUUUGAGCCUGAGUGCCUUGGGCUGUUGAAAAAGUAUCUCAGCACAUUCGUUAUCAUUUGCAGAGUGUUUGUGCGUUUGUAUUUAUUUUCUUGUAAAUUGAUUUCCAAAAGAGGCGUUUUAUUGUAACACUUUGAAUGAGGAUGAAUCAGAUUGUUUAUUGUAAAAUGCAACUCAUUGAUGACAGUGGCGCAUUUUACAGAUGCUUGUACUUCAGUGGGAAUGUUCUCUGUACAGUAACAGCAUGUCUUAACUUCUGUAAUGCUGCGUCAGCAUCUAUGAUCUUUGCUUUUACUAUCCUACUUUUGGGUUGAGGUUUUAUACUGUAUUGUUAUAUGCUUAAAGCAUGGCAACACCGACAGAUGACUAAAAGUUCUAGUUUUUGUAAUAAAUUGUGAUACUUCAA